AUUGUUUACUUCUUCUGUGCGCAUUAAAAUCUUUCAUUGAUAAAUUUACCUACGCCCACGAAACUUAGCAUUAUACUCCCGUAAGUCAGGGGCAAAAAAAAAAAGUAAAAAAAAAAAAUCUUGAUUAAGUAAUUGUUUUGAAAAGUUAUAAUAUUUGGGUCCUAUAACUUAAAAACCGCUCUCUUGGUGCUUACAGGAUCUAUAAAAUACAUGAUUUAACGUACCUAGCCUACAAAUUACUAAUUUUGAGACAAAGACACCACCCUGUCCCCAUAUUUCAGUAGCCAAAAAGUUUGACGAUUCCAUCUCACGACAGUCUAGAUAUGAAGGCUUCGACUUGUCUCCACGGGAGUCUCGAAAUUUAAGGCCUCUUAGUUACUGAACCCUAAACAUUUUGCAAUCGAAAGAAAGAUUAAAAAAUACAAUAAAACAAUAACAAGGAGAAACAAUCGAUACAAGUUAUCAGUUGAUGGCGAAAACUGCGUUGAUCAACGCCCAAGUAUAGCUAUCAAUGUAAACUGACAGUGGCAGUGACUGACACACGCUAAAGAGAUCGCGGACAGCGGAGUAAUGUGGCGCGGGGCCCGCCCUCGGGUCUAUCCCUGCUCCUUACUCAGGAUCCCCUUAUAUGGCGUUGCUCCAAGUCCAAUUUCUUAGAAGUACUAGUGCCAUGUUAAAGUGUUUUUGGAUAAAAAGCCCCCCAGCAGCUGCUUCCCAGUCAAAUCAAGUUCCAGGCUUCCUCGUGACACCAGCUUGGUAUCAUAAUAUCUCACUGUUUUCUCUUGAGUUCAAGUCUUUUGUACCAACUGAAGCUUUACGAUGUGUGACGACGACGUUGCUGCUCUGAUAGUGGACAAUGGGUCCGGCAUGUGCAAAGCUGGUUUUGCGGGAGAUGACGCCCCAAGGGCUGUGUUCCCGUCCAUCGUUGGAAGACCCAGACUUCCGGGUGUGAUGGUUGGCAUGGGACAGAAGGACAGCUAUGUCGGUGACGAGGCCCAGUCCAAGAGAGGAAUCCUGACCCUCAAGUACCCCAUUGAGCACGGCGUUGUCACCAACUGGGACGACAUGGAGAAGAUCUGGCACCACACGUUUUACAACGAGCUCAGAGUGGCCCCAGAGGAACACCCGGUUCUCCUCACUGAAGCUCCACUCAACCCAAAAGCCAACAGGGAAAAGAUGACCCAAAUCAUGUUCGAAACCUUCAACAGUCCAGCGAUGUACAUUUCGAUUCAGGCAGUAUUGUCACUCUACGCUUCUGGCAGAACUACAGGUAUCGUGAUGGACUCAGGCGACGGCGUGUCCCACACUGUGCCCAUCUACGAGGGCUACGCUCUCCCCCACGCCAUCGCGAGACUGGACUUGGCGGGCCGUGACCUCACUGACUACCUGACCAAGAUCCUGACGGAGAGAGGCUACAGCUUCACCACCACCGCCGAGAGAGAAAUCGUCCGCGACAUCAAGGAAAAACUCUGCUACGUCGCUCUGGACUUCGAGACCGAGAUGACUACGGCAUCGACAUCUUCGUCUUUGGAGAAGAGCUACGAGCUUCCAGACGGUCAGGUCAUCACCAUUGGCAACGAGCGCUUCCGCUGUCCCGAGGCUCUUUUCCAGCCAAGCUUUCUGGGUAUGGAAAGCGUUGGUAUCCACGAGACCAUCUACAACUCCAUCAUGAAGUGUGACGUGGACACAGCCAUGUACGUGUAUUGCCAGGCAGUCCUCAACUUGUUCGCGUCUGGCCGAAACACUGGAGUAGUGGUAGACUCAGGGGACGGCGUGACCCACAUAGUGCCCAUCACCGGCAUCUACGCCAUCUCUCACGCUGUGAAAAGAUUGGACGUGGCCGGCAGAGACCUCACAGAUUAUCUGGCCAAGCUCCUGACAGAGAGGGGUUACUGCUUCAGCACAACCGCCGAGAGAGAAAUCGUCCGUGACAUCAAGGAAAACCUGUGCUACGUCGCCCCCGACUUUGAUAAAGAGAUGCAAACUGCAGAGACGUCGUAUGAUUUAGAGAGAAAAUACGAACUUCCGGAUGGUCAGGUCAUCACUAUUGGCAACGAGCGCUUCCGCUGUCCCGAGGCAUUGUUCCGUCCGGAAAUACUGGGUCUAGAAAUGCCAGGUAUCCAUCAAGCAGUGUAUGAUUCGAUCAUGGCGUGCGACAUUGACACGAGGACGCUUUUUCUCUCGAAUAUUCUUUUGGCUGGGGGCAACACGAUGUUCCCUGCGAUUCAGAACAGAUUGGACAAAGAGAUAAAGGCGCUCAUUCCAAGAACUGUAGUGUCGAAAGUGGUUUCUCCCCCAGAACGAAAGUAUUCUACCUGGAUCGGGGGAUCAAUUGUUGCAUCGUUAUCAACCUUUCAGCAGGCGUGGAUCACUAAACUAGAGUACGAGGAAUUCGGUCCAUCUGUCAUGCACAGGUGCUUUUCGCUCUAGCGACAGAUGUGCGGUGUGAAAUCUUUAUUUAUUGAUUUUGUUACC